AUGGAGCUCAGACCGGAUCAUCGAUUUGACCCCUUCGGCCCCGAUGCAGCAGCACUCGACGAUCUCAAUCUUGAUAUGGCCAAUAUCGACUGGAAUGACCCUGCAUCCUUCUUCAAGGCUCUUGGUGCUGGUGGACCCGGUGCACUCCCCAUGCCGAAGUUGAAGUCACCGGCAGACGUUCGUCAAGAGGCCGCGGCAAGAUCACGCAAUAUUUCCACCGUCUAUCAGACUUUGUGUGAUAUCCUAGAGCGUCAUGAGGCUUCCAUUCGGAAGCGCUGGUCCAAAAAGACCCGACAGCAGAGAUUAAAGAUCCUGCUCAAUGCUUGGCCGAACAUGCCGGCAAUGCAUCGCCCCGACUUCGAAGCUUUCCGGAAUGAGAGCGCAUCUGCCCGUGGCCGGGGUACUAAAUAUCGAGAUUCCUUCAUGUGGCCGUACAUAAAUCAAGAGGAUCUCUUGAACACCAAGACACUCCCGCUGUUGCUCAAUGCAAGAGGUCGCCACCAUCCUUCACACUUUGCUGCAGCCGACAUCGCUGCCAUGCAUAUGGGCUUGGUUACCCAUGCAAUUGUGCCCAUCUUUCUGAACAAGCAUAUCAUGAUUCUGAACGGUGUGACUGAAAAUACCACGGAGUAUGGUACGCUCGUGGCCUGGAGUGACCACCCAGAUGUUUUCGACUGGAUGGUCAAACAGAAACAAUUCAUUCCCGGGGAGGGCUUAGUGAUCUUGGAAGUACAGGAGCGACUUUUGAGCUUCCUUCUUGAAUGCUGCACCCAGCUGCUUCACGACAUUCCAAAAACCAGCUUGAUCAGCGACUCUUACCCUAUCUUGCCAGAACCAGAUCUCAAGCCCGAAAGCGAGAUAAGCGGUUUCAAGUCUCUGGGUGUAAUGGCUGCAGAAGCCCCAUAUCGUGUCCCAGAAAAACUUGAUCUCGGUCUUGUUGAGUCGCUGCUUGCAGCACGGGCAUCUGCUGCAGAAGAUCAUCUGUGGGCUCUGCGGGAGGAUCCCCAAUAUUUUUCUAAGGCUGUCCUCGAGGCCAAAGACCAUCGCCAGGAGAAUAUGAAGGACCUUGAUGGUAAUGAUCAUCCAGUAUUCAGUCAUGGUCGGUCUGAGGUUCUGUGGGCGCGUGUUGUUGGCUCUGUUGUGGCGGAUGCGUACCUUGAGCUAGAGUUGUUCUCUGAACUCAGCAGUCAAGCUAAGAAAUUGGUCUCCUUGCAAAGGAAAUAUGCUAGCGAUAUAUCGCCCGAGAGAGAUCUACCCCAGGAGUAUCUAGACGCCUUGCUUAGAUUCCGUCAUUACCUCAACCAAGGAGCUAAAGGACCGUUGCUACAACUCAAACUUGGAGCUCCCGCCUCACCACCUUUGCGAAGAAUGUUUGUUCGUGAGCCACCACCAAAUUCUCAUACGCCAAAGAUCGUUACUGUUUCAAAGCCCGGCCUUAAACUGAACAACAUAGAGAAACAAUUGAUGUGGCUGCUUUCCACUCUCUGGGAGGAUGGUCAGCUCUUGUUCCUCGUUAGUAUGUCUGGCGUCGUGGACGAGCUAGAACGACUACUUCAAUCGGAGCUGCAAGCUCGAGAAUUGCUCUCCUCAUUUACCAAUGCGGUGAUUGGUGACCUUUCUAUCAUCUCUCAGUGUUUAAACCAGUUGAAUCUUUAUCACCCAUGGGCCCAAUCAUUUGAGAAUGACCUUCUUGACCGUGAUGAUCAACUCAAGCAAGACUAUGCGGAGCGAACCCAGGGAUGGGCCCGGAUUUUGGCCGUGCUUCAUGAGACGAGCAUGCCAAAUCGAGUCGUUAAUCUCGGUAACCCUACAGGUGGAAAAUUCGCCUAUCCUGUCGAAAAGCGCCGCACUAUUGAGAAUGUGGCGGCACUUCGCAGCGCCGAAAGACAUUUGGAUGAUUUUUGGGCCGCUGUUGACCAAGUUAUGGUCGCAAAAGCGGGUGAUUUGAGUGGCACAGCUGUGCGAAAUGUCCUGUCCCAGCCGCGUACCUUGCAGCGUACUCGAGAGUGGGUCGAGCCGACAAAGCCCGCGCCUGCAGCACCUGCACGGGGCAAAGAAGCUGAAGUCGAUCUUUACUCUAUCUAUGAACCUCUUUCUCGGUUCUAUACCGACAUCCCGACAAAGAAACUCGAUGUUGCACAGCCCAAAACGAAAGUCAAGACCCGUGGGACACCCCAAGCGUCUGCUGUCCCCAUCACAGAAGCCGAAAGGCUCCUGCGGUCCAAUCCUACUGAUCAGCAACCUACGUUUUCUGUUGAUGGGCGUGCACUAAAGGUCUUCAAGACCAUUUUUUUCAACCCCACUAUGACAUCUACGCCAGGUGAAGUUCCAUGGAAUGACUUCCUGCAUGCAAUGGCCUCGGUCGGCUUUAAAGCCAUGAAGCUCUACGGGUCUGUCUGGCAGUUCCAGCCGACCAACUUGGAUGUUGAAAGAAACAUCCAGUUCCAUGAACCUCAUCCCCGCGGGAAAUUACCCUUUAGGGUUGCACGUCUGUAUGGCCGUAGGCUUAAUCGAGCCUAUGGUUGGUUUGGAGGGAUGUUUUCUUUGGCCAAGAAAUGA